GUCCUUACUAGCAGUCUCUGUGUAUAUUCUGGUGCAGAGUGAGUGAGUUCAGAGUAACGCUGGAUCAUCUCGACCUCUCCUGUCCUGACACUCUUUUAUUAUAUACUUAUUUAUUUUAUUAUUGCAUUCCUCACUCCAAUGGGAGAUUAAACACAAAGACAAGAUGUUAGAUGAGAUUUAGUUAGAGUCACAUUAAUCAUGUGACUCUUGAGCUUUCUUUAUUACUCCAGAUUGAGGUGUCUUGAGAAGGAUGAUGCUCUAUUAAGGAUUAAUAGUCAGUUCAUGACUUGGACCUCUGGACUGGACAUCAUGGUUCUCCUGGGUUCUCAAAUGUGAACGAGCUUAAAAGAGCCAGCAUCCUCAUCUCAGUAGAGGGUGGACGAGUGAUUUAAAGAAUCAUGGGGAACGCUUCAGGUGGCAUGGAGGUGUCAUCCAGCCGAGAAGUGAAAGGGGCCCAAAACUCGUCCAGCCUCGGCGGCUUCAAACAACCUCCUGGACCUAAACUGCCCCUGCCUUCAGAGGAGGAGCUGGAGGAGAGGUUUAGCUCAGUGCUGAACUCCAUGAACCUGCCUCCUGAUAAAGUGAAACUGCUCCUCCAGUACAACAGUGAGAAGAAGUGGGAGUUAGUCUGUGACCAGGAGCGCUUUCAGGUUAAAAAUCCACCAUCAGCCUACGUGCAGAAACUCAAGAGCUUUUUAGAGCAAGGAGGCAGCAGGAAGUUUAAGAGACGUGUACAAGAGGCCACACAAGUCCUGAGAGAGCUGGAAAUAUCCUUAAGGACCAAUCAUAUUGGGUGGGCUCAAGAAUUCCUCAAUGAGGAGAACAAGGGGUUAGAUGUUCUAGUUGAGUAUCUUUCCUUCGCCCAGCGCGCCGUGCCGUACGACCUGGAAUCCACGGAUAGCGGGAGCUUUGAAGAAAAAUCGGCAGAAGAUGGGACAUUGAGUGCAACUAACUCUCCUACCCACAAUUCCUCAAACCCCAACCGUUCCUAUGCAGCACGAUUGAACUCUUUCCCCAGCAGGAAAGCUCUGAGCAACUCACGCCUACUCAAUCAGAAAGACCACCUGCACCUCUGCAUCAUGUGCCUCCGGGCCAUCAUGAACUACCAGUCAGGGUUUAAUCAGGUGAUGAACCAUCCGAACUGUGUCAAUGAGAUCACACUGAGCCUCAACAACAAUAACGCCAGAACUAAAGCCUUGGUUCUGGAGCUGCUGGCUGCUGUGUGUUUCGUCCGAGGAGGUCACAACAUCAUCCUCUCAGCUUUCAACAACUUUAAAGAGGUGUGUGGAGAGAAGAGCCGCUUCGAGAAGCUGAUGGCCUACUUCCGUAACGAGGACAGUAACAUCGACUUCAUGGUGGCGUGCAUGCAGUUUAUCAAUAUUGUGGUGCAUUCUGUAGAAAACAUGAACUUCAGAGUUCACCUGCAGUACGAAUUCACACAGCUGGGACUGGACGAUUACCUGGAGACAUUAAAAGUGAGUGAAAGUGAGCGAUUACAGGUACAGAUCCAGGCGUAUCUGGAUAACUUGUUCGAUGUUGGAGCCUUGCUAGAGGAUGCAGAGACCAAAAAUGCCUUACUGGAGCAUCUAGAGGAAGUCCAGCAGAAUAACACAGAGUUAAGCAGCAGGCUGCAGGAGUGUGAGAACGAAGCAAUGGAGAAAGUGUCGAAUCUGGAGAGAGAGCUUAUCCAAACCACUAAGGAAGUGGAACUCUUAAAGGAGAGCCUCCGGGAAUCAUGCUCUCAGAUCUCCACCCUGCAGCAGCGAGAGCGAGAACGAGAGAUGUCCAGAGAGCUGGAGAGGGAGAGAGAGAGGGACCGAGAGCGGUUAUCGAGAGCGCUCGAGCUGAAGGUCCAGUCCCUCGUGGAGCAGGGGAUCAUCCAGAUGCAGCGCUCCGAGUCUGGGUCCGUGGAACUGAACGUCAUAAACAAGGCCGGAAACACACAGCUACGUCACACAAGUGAAGUCAAGGAGAAGAUUAUUGAAGCAAACCUUCCCGUGAGUGCAUCCAGUGCACAGUCUCAACCUUCACCUCCAACUCCGCCCCCACCGCCAGCCCCUGCUCCUCCCCCACCGCCUCCUCCCCCACCUCCUCCCCCUCUGAACACCUUAGGAACAGUUAUGAGGGAUAAGAAACCGAUCCAGACGAAAUACCGCAUGCCGCUUUUUAACUGGCAGACUUUAAAGGAUGAGCAGGUCGCUGGAACCGUCUUCACCGAGCUGGAUGAUGAAAACAUUUUAGCAGAGCUGGACAUGGACACUUUCGAGGAGCUCUUCAAGACAAAAGCUCAGUCUCCUCCCACCAACGUCAACACUCUGAGAAUGAAAGUGGCGCGAAAAUCUUCCAGUAAAAUCUCCCUGCUGGAACCGAACCGAGCCAAAAACCUGGCAAUAACUCUACGCAAAGGAGGCAUGGAUGCCAGCCAGAUCUGCACUGCCAUUGAGACGUAUAAUCUGAAGGCAUUAAGUCUGGAUUUUCUGGAGCAGUUAGAGCGUUUCGUCCCAUCCGACUACGAGCUGAAGAUGAUCCAGAAUUACGAGCACGAUGGCCGCUCCGUGCUGGAGCUCUCUGAGGAAGACCGCUUCAUGGCCCAGUUUGGGAAAAUCCCACGACUCUGUCGGCGAAUCAACACGCUCACGUUCAUGGGGAACUUCAACGAGAGCGUCCAGCUCCUGAAGCCACAACUGAACGCCAUCAUUGCUGCAUCCAUGUCCAUUAAAUCCUCCGGGAAACUGAAGAAGAUUCUGGAGAUCAUUCUUGCAUUCGGGAACUAUAUGAACAGUGGCAAGAGAGGCGCGGUUUAUGGCUUCCGCCUCCAGAGUCUCGAUCAGCUCCUGGACACAAAGUCGACAGAUCGCAGACAGACACUGCUGCACUUCCUGGUCAGCAUCAUACAGGAGAAAUUCCCACAUCUACACACCUUUCAUACUGAGCUGCACUUCAUGGACAAAGCAGCAAUGGUCUCCCUGGACAGCAUUUUGUUAGACGUCCGUGCCCUCGAGAAAGGAAUGGAAGUGACCCGGAAGGAGUUUGAGGAACAAAAAGACAAUUUGAUCCUAAAGGACUUCCUGUCCAACAACAGCAGUCUGAUGGACACUGUGGUUAAAGACGCAAAUACCGCCCAGGAGGUGUAUGAAUCAGUGGUGGAGUACUUUGGAGAGAAUCCCAAAACCACUCCCCCUUCUAUGUUCUUCCUAAUAUUCAUUAGGUUCAUUAAAGCUUAUAAGACGGCUGAACAGGAGAAUGAGCAGAGGAAGAGAGACAGCUUCAUGGGAGACGAUGCAAGCAAAGGGACGGCCAUGCUGGAUGCCGACAAAAGUGGAAGCAACCAGAUGCCCAUGAUGCCACGCUUGGCACAGGUGGACCUGAUAGCAGAGCUGAAGCGAAGACAGGUGUCCCCUCUGAUGCGUGAGGGCAAGGACGGCACCAUUGAGGACAUCAUCACAGCUUUGAAAGCUGUUCCUUUCACGGCUCGUUCAGGGAAGCGCUCGUCCCGGCUGCUCUCUGACUCCAACUUCAAUGAUUUGAGUCCUUCAUAGACUCCUUUCUCUCUUUCUCUCUUUCUCUGGUCUGAGAAAUCAACCCUACAUAAGAGCUGACGGAGCGAGACGCAGCUACAAAUGGAAACCAGCACAGAAGCUCCAAGUGUCUUCAGAUAUCUCUCUCUAACACACCCACGCAAACACACACACACAAACACACAGAGGCAUGCACAAAUGCAGAGAACUUGUAUCAACAAUCAGGAUUUGUCAAAGGCAUGGUCAGAGAUUGAUCAUUCUGACUCUUGCAUGAACAGGAUUUUAAUCUGUUGUAUGUAAACCAGCGCAUUGUGAUCAUCACGCUUGGGAAGAUUCAGUCCUGAUUCUGCUGAACAUUAAUGCUUCAAGAUAUUUUCAAUAACAUCUGCUUAUGUUCUGGUUGGAAUGUGUUUUAUAGUGGGGAACUGUUGCUUUAUGUACAUGUAAACUUAUUAAUCAAUAAAACGCAUCUGAUUACACAGAGU